AUGAUGAACAAUGUAUUAAUGGUGUCUGGCCAACCGAGUGCAGGAGAUGCUAUGAGUAAUGGCAACAACUACAAUCUUUCAUUUCCAGCUUUGCCAGUUUUGAAGACUUCGGAGACAAUUGGGACUGCACAAUUAAAAAAACGGAGUAAUUUUAAAUCUAAAACGGUGAACGAAAUAAUUACUAUACCUGUCCAAGACAGACAUUGGGACAGGAAUAGUCAAUUAGAGCAUGAAAAAUGUAAGGAAGCAUAUAUGAAAAUUGGGAAAGAGUAUAAUGUAGGAAUAGAAAUUUGUAUUUCAAAAACCAUGGAUCUUACUUUACAAAUCAGCGGCAAUAGAGUUAAUGUUGAACGAGCAAAACAAAAGAUUAUCACAAUCGAACAAACUCAAAUUAAAACUACUACUACACCGUUUCCAAAAGAACAUCGAAGUACGUUAUUGGGCAAACAAGGACGUAAUCUUAAGAAUAUUGAAAAACGUACAGGAGCACGUCUUCAAAUACCGUGUAUGAAAAAUUUGGCUGACAUAAUUUAUAUAACUGGAACAAAGGAUUCCACGAAAAAAGUAGUUCAAAAUGGCUAG